GAUGAUGUAAACAAAAAACAUGCGACUGGUGCGAGCUCGCUCGAAUUUCAUCACAAAGUUUUCUCCCAAAUUUUAUUGCGUUGGAUUUACUUGAUUGAGUUGUUGAGUUUUUUUUGGGUUUAAUUUAUGUGAAUUUAGUGCAGUGAUUGAACCUUCAUCAUGACCUCCGCGUUUAGCUCGAGUGAUGCGGCCGCCAUCGAGCGCCAGGUGGACCAGUUUGCGUCGGAGGAAAUUGGUUUGGAAUCGUUUUGGAAUUCCGACGAACGGGACCACCUGGUGCAAUGGAUUCGUACUAAUAACUUUACAAAAGUCGCCCUGCAAUUCCCGGACGUGCUCCUGCCCUUCAGCGCCAUCGUGGCCAACGAGCUUCAAUCCGCAUCCACCGCCGGAAUCUUCAUCCUGGGGGACACUUCGUACGGGUCUUGCUGCGUGGACGAGGUUGCCGCGUCGCAUGUCGGUGCCGACGCCGUGAUUCACUUUGGCCACGCCUGCUUCAGCCGGUCGGUUCGGCUUCCGACGCGGUACGUGUUCCUGCGCGGUCCGCUGGAUGUUGGGAGCGUGGUCCAGGGUGUGAAGGAGGUUCUGGGGGAGCUUGAGGGGAGCAGGCUGGGACUGUUUUACGACGUUGCUUACGAUUAUUGCGUUGGGGAGGUGGCGGAACGAUUGAAGGAAGCUGGUCGGAACGUUACCGUGGGGCAGUUGGCCAAGACCGGGGAGCAACCGGAUCUGCUGUGUUGGAAGCUACCGGGGGGUGCGUCCUUCGAUGACGCCGUCUGUCUCUUCAUCGGUCACGACAAUCAGAGCUUCUUCAACACCGCCAACGGAAUCCGGGCGGAACAAUGGUUCCGGUUCGAUCCGACCACGAGCCUGCUCCAGCAGGCCAACCCGCUCGAUUCGCGCUGGAUGCGCCGUCGCUUUUACUACAUCGAAAAGUGCAAGGACGCGACCUCGCUCGGCAUCGUCGUGGCCACCCUCACGGCCUCCGGCUAUCUGGACGUGGUCAACCGGAUCCAACGGCUGGCCAAGGCCCGCGGCAUCCGCAGCUACAUCAUCUCCGUCGGCAAGAUCAAUCCGGCCAAGUUGGCAAAUUUCGCCGAAAUCGACUGCUUCGUCCUCGUCGGUUGUCCGGAAAACGAUCUCUUCACCUCGCGGGACUUUUUCAAGCCGCUCGUGUCCGUGUUUGAGUGCGAACUGGCCUUCAAUCCGGCCUGGACCGGUCAAUUCCCCGACGGGUACAGCACCGACUUUGCGGACAUUCUGCCGGAGGGGCGCCUCCAUCGAACGUUUGACGAAGAAGCGGCAAAAAAUGCCCCCGCGGACGUAAGUUUGGUAACGGGAAAAAUCCGGAACGCGGCGACCCAGGACCAGGUGGGCAAUGGAGAAUCGUGUACGGAUGUGCAGCUACGUGGAAGGAACGAGGUGGCGCAGAUUAGUUCUGGGGACGUUUUUCAGGGCAGGGAAUGGCAAGGGUUGGAGCAGAAUCUGGGACGGGACGAGCCGGCGCGGAUUGAGGAGGGUCGCAGUGGGGUGCCGAUUCGGUAUGAGAAUGAUCCGAAGGAGGGGUGAGUACGUGACGGGGUUUGAGGUUUUGAAUAACAAUUUAACGAUGUUGGAAAAAAAUAUUUUAUUC